GUCUCUUGAGUCCAGCUGCUAUGUGUAACACCAGAUGAUGAUCUAAACAUCAGCCCUCCAAUGAAAUUUCCCUUCCUCGUGCAUGUGUGCAAGCGCCAGACGUGCUCGUGCGUGGGAUGAGAUUAAAACAGGCGGUUCCUCGAGAAAAUACUGACCCCGACUGAGUCCACUGAUAUGGGAACUCUUUGAUUCUGCCUAGAUGAUUAUCUAGUUUACAUUCUUUGGAAACUGGCUUGAAUUUCCUGUCUCAGUUUACAGUAGAUUUUAACUUCUGUCCGUGCAGUCGCCCUGGAAAAAAAUGGCGAUGAUAUCAGGGUUCAUCUUUCUGUGCCUGCUCCAAGCUGCAACACCUCAAGGUUUGACCCCUCGUGGACCCAGGCCAGUACCUGGACGAGGUGACAGUCCAGGUCCGACUCCAGCUCCACUCCCGCCCACACCUGAAGCCAGGAUAAUUGACUGUCCCGUCAAGGUGUUUUUCAUCCUCGACACCUCAGAGACCAUCGCCUUACAGGAGUCCCCACCGGGCAGCCUGGUGCAGAAAAUUAAGGAGUUCACCAAGAUGUUUGCCCAGGAACUGCACCAGGACGAGGCAGAAAAGGAUUACAGGGGCAUCAAGAUCUCCUGGUCCAUAGGAGGCCUGAACUUCUCUGAGUCGCAGCAUGUCUUCAGUAAGUUCACAACCAGGGAGAACUUCAUCAGGAACCUCAAUGACAUUAGGUACGAGGGCAAAGGCACCCACACCGACUGCGCCCUCGAAACAAUGGCUAACCAAAUGACCCACCACUACUCGGGGAAGAAGCCCGUCCUCUUCUCUGUGGUCAUCACUGACGGGCAUGUGACAGCAAGUCCAUGUGGAGGGAUGAAGAAGAUGGCAGACAAGGCCCGGGAGAAAGAUAUCCAAAUUUUCUCAGUGGCAGCGUCCAGGAGUGUCGAUGAAACAGGGAUGAGGGAGAUAGCCAACUCUCCCGUUGAACUGUACCGCGAUGACUACAUAGUAGUGGACGUUGUAGAUGGGAAACCAGAAAUAAAGACCUCAACCAUCGCUCGUAUCAUAAAAGCCAUGAAACAACAAGCCUAUGUACAGUGUUACGAACCUCAAUGCUAUAAGAGUCCUGGGCCCCAUGGACCAACAGGGUCUCGAGGUUCAAAAGGUAUGAAAGGAGACAGAGGUCAAACUGGGACAGGCGGUAUAACGGGUAGACAGGGUGAUCCCGGCAUUGAAGGUCCAAUCGGACAACCCGGUUCAAAGGGAGAGAUUGGUUUGAUAGGUGACAAGGGUGAAUUCGGAACAGGUGGAGCAAAGGGUGUGGCAGGAUUAUUUGGCAAGAAUGGAACUGACGGUCAAAAGGGUAAAAUUGGCCGAGUUGGAGCUCCUGGUUGCAAAGGUGAUCCAGGUGACAAGGGACCAGAUGGUUACCCUGGAGAAUUUGGUGCCAAUGGGCCACCUGGCAGCAACGGAGAAAAGGGUGACUCAGGUCUCCCUGGACGGUCUGGUCCCCUUGGCCCUCUGGGUGACCAAGGACCAAAGGGUGAAGAUGGAAAUCCUGGAAGUCCAGGGCAACCGGGAGAAAAGGGACCUCCGGGGCUUCCUGGCUCAGAUGGACAAGGAGGCGAAGCGGGAAGGGGAGGAGACUCUGGACCAAAGGGAGGACAAGGUCCUGAUGGGCCAAAAGGAGAGAAGGGAGAACACGGGCCAGAGGGAGCGAGAGGCCGGACCGGAGAAGACGGACUAAAAGGCGCAAAGGGAGACCAGGGACUACCGGGACCGAGGGGUCAGCCAGGAGAAACAGGGGGCCCCGGAGGAAAUGGCACCAGGGGAAGUUCUGGAGAUCCUGGACCAAGGGGAGACUCUGGGACCCCUGGACCGAAGGGUGACGUAGGAAGACCAGGAUUCAACUAUCCUGGAUCGAGAGGAGGAACUGGAGACCGAGGUGAUCCAGGUAAAAGAGGACCCAGGGGGGGCAGAGGUGAAUGUGGUGCCAAAGGAGGACUUGGAGAAAAUGGAACACCAGGAGAACCUGGAGAACCAGGUCAGCUGGGUGAGCCAGGACAGAGAGGACCCAGUGGAGAUCCUGGGUCUGAUGGGGACCAAGGACCAGUGGGCGAUCCUGGGCUCAAUGACUGUGAUGUCAUGACUUACAUCAGGGAGACGUGUGGUUGUUGUGACUGUGAGAAGCACUGUGGAGCUCUGGACAUUGUAUUUGUAAUCGAUAGCUCAGAGAGCGUUGGGCUGACAAACUUCACGCUGGAAAAGAACUUUGUUAUCAACACCGUCAACAGGCUGGGAUCUAUGGCCAGCAACCCUGCGUCAUCAACCGGUACAAGAGUCGGAGUUGUACAAUUCAGUCACGACGGGACCUUUGAGGCCAUUCGUCUCGAUGACCCAAACAUCAACUCCAUUUCUGCCUUUAAAACAGCAGUGAAGAACCUACAGUGGAUUGCCGGGGGCACUUUCACACCCUCAGCUCUCAAGUUUGCCUACGAUAACCUCAUCAGGGACGGCAAGAGAGCGCAAGCCAAAGUUUCUGUUGUGGUGAUCACAGAUGGCCGCUAUGACCCGCGCGACAAUGAAAAUCUGCUCCAGUACCUUUGCGACAACGAUGUGGUGGUGAAUGCCAUCGGGGUUGGUGAUAUGUUUGCAAAGCAACAGGAUGAUGAGAUACUGGGGUCGAUCGCGUGCAACAAGAAGGAACGUGUCACUGGGAUGAAGCGUUACGUCGACUUGGUGGCGGAAACGUUCAUAGAGACGAUGGAGACCGUGCUCUGCCCCGAUCCUGUGAUCGUCUGCCCUGAUCUCCCCUGUAAAAGUCUUCCUGAUGUCUCUCCAUGUGUCCAGCGGCCGGUGGAUUUGGUAUUUCUACUAGAUGGCUCAGAGCGCCUCGGGAUGGAUAACUUCAAGCAUGUUCGUGAAUUUGUGCAGAUGGCGGCAGACAGACUGGGACUGGCCCAGAGCGAAACUGAUAAUAUGCGAGCUCGCUUGGCACUGAUAGAGUUCGGGAAGGAGAAUGAAAACCACUUGGCUUUUGCUCUGACACACGACCCCGCCGUCAUCGCCGAUGGCAUUGCACGCCUGCCCUAUCUGGAUUCUUCUUCAAGCAUAGGGCCUGCCAUCAUCCACACCAUCGAUACCAUCUUGGGUAAAGGAAAUGCUCGCCAGACGAGACGCAACGCAGAGAUUUCAUUUGUCUUCAUCACAGACGGCGUCACUGACAGCAACAUCCUGGACGAGGCGGUUAGCGCCAUGCGCGGGGCGCAGGUCGUCUCCACAGUGAUAGCCACAAGAAGUGACGUUGACCAAAAAGUCCUAAUGAAGCUGGUCAUGGAUGACCAGUACGCCAUCUUUAAAGGAAAAGACUUCUCUGAUCUGACCCAGUCCAGUUUGUUUGACCGUUUCAUCCAGUGGGUAUGUUAAUGAGUAACCACAUGGAUGUGAACAUCAUAUUGGUGCUACUGCUGUUAAUCAAGCAUUUUAAACAUGACAUACUGGUUUACUAUGACUCUACUUUGCACUGUACAAUUUGCAAAUGACAACACAGCAUUGUGCUUUACUACAUUUGUCAAAAAAACUGUAUUCAUCUUCAAUGUUUUAUUAUAUAAAAACAUGUACGUCAAUGUCGAAAAAAAGUCAAAGCAUUCAUCAUCAACCAUUAAUCAUUAAGAUAAUAAACUUACAGUUUGUUGGA